AUGAAUUGGCAAAAACAACGACAAAAUGUUUUGGACAGACUUGCAUUUGUUCCAGGUACAGUAAUUUUUUUAUAAUACUUAAUAUAGCGUAAAAAUGUUUUUUUUUAAUCUGGGGGCGAAGUAAUUUUUUUUAAUUAGCUCUUGAGAAGGGCUGAAGGAAUCGGAAUUCCAAAAUUCCGGAAACAUUUGUAAAGUUGCGAGAAUACCAUGCGAGGCUCGAAGAAAAAUUGUUUUUUUUUUGUUGAGUUUUGGGAUUUCCGCUAGGCUUUCUUUCAAAAAUUCCGAAGUUUUGCCCAACACAAAAUUUCCCUAGAACUUUCAAUUUAUAGGUGGAAUCGAUCGUGAAGGCAACGUGCUUUUAGUAAUUUCGACAUCAAAUCAACAAGAAUGCUCAUAUGAGCAAUUGGUUUCAUUAUUGGCAUUGCUCGCUGAUACUUUGCCACCAAAUACCACCCAAUUCACUGUGCUUCUCGACACUCGACAUAUUCAACUGAAAACGUUGAAAUUCUAUUUGCGUGCCACACAACAAGCAUUGUAUCGAAAAGUGCGACAGGUUUUGAUUAUUCAACCUGAGAAAUUUCUGGAUCAGCAGAAAAUCAAUUUCGAUUUGAUUGUUAGCGGAUAUACGUUGAGAGUACGGUGUUUCGGCUUUUUGUCACAUGAAAAUAAUAAUUUUUCUUAUAGACAACUCUAAUAUCAAUCCACAAAUUGUCAAAAUUCAUUGAUGUGCAUCAAUUACCCGAACAAUUUGGCGGCACUUUUGACUAUGAGCCUGAAAAAUGGCUUGAAACUCGACUGGAAAUUAUGCGAUGGGAGGAUUAUAUUGGAGAAGCGGCCGGUGAUAGAUCAAAACAUGAUGCUGAAAAAGAUCAGAAAUGUAAGAAUCUGGGAAGGGGGGAUUUGAGAACAGCACGAUUUUAGAGAUGUGUUUUCAAAAAUUGUGUCAGAUGCGCAGGUCCUGAUUUGAAAAAAAUCACAACGAAAUCUGUUUGGAAAUAUUUUAGAGCUAAAAAUCCGCGUGGCAAUUAUUCCGGAAAUUUUUAAAAAUCAAAUUUUAUUCCAGUAGAAGAAUUUGUGACGAAAUUGCACUCGACAAAACGAAUUGAUGAUGAAUUUUCGGCGCAAAAAUUGAAAAAAUCAAUAUUGGAUGUAAAAGUGGGUAUUUUCUCUAAAAAUUUCGAUUUUCGGCCGCAAAAAAUCAGGAAAAAUCCAAAAAAAAAUAAUUUCAGGAUCGCGAGGAAAGAGACAAUAAAGAAGAAUUGAUUGAAGAGCACGCGGCUGGCGUAAAUCGAUUAUUGGAUUGGGUUGAGGGAAGUGGCGAGAAGUGGUUGAGUUCGUUGUGUCAGGUUCCGGAUAAUUUUGAUGAAGCUGAUGGAUUAGUGAAACAACAUGAACAAUUGACGGAAAAAACUAAGGUUGGAAUAGUUUCUGUGUUGAAAAUUUGCUAGAAUUUUUAGAAUUGUAUGGAGAUCGAGAUUGCCCCGAUUCGAAUUUUCUAAAUUUAGGAGGGCUUUUUUGGGGGCUUGGCCUAUUUUUUCUAAAUUUUUUUUAAUUUUAAAAUUUCAAAAAAAAACGAGAAAUAUACGUUUCUAAAACUUCCGAUUUGAAAAUUUUAAGGGAAACAUGUUGAUUGGUGUGUUCUUAUGUACAGCUCUAAAACUACGAAAAAUUGUCGAAUUUCGGCUCAAAAUUAUUGAUUUGUCACCCAGAAUUCACCAGAAAAUCCUCUAAAUUCCAGGAAAUCGCCGAACAAACUCAACAAUUAGCCGAAAUGGCGACCCGAUUGAUGGCUGUUUGUCCACAAUAUUCAAUAUCUUUGCAUAAAAUGCGCGAACAAGUCGCGAUUGUUGGCGAACAUUUUGAGCAUCGCGUCGCCGCUCAAACUGAAUUCGCCAAAUCGAAUCGAGAUUUUCAGGCGAAACUUGCGGAUUUUACACGGGAAACUGAUGGAAUGUUGGAGAAAUUAUGUGGAAAAGAUGAUGAAAAUGAGGAAGAUUGGAAAAUUGAAGAAAUGACAAGAAAAAAGAAGGAAUUGGAUGAACAACUCAAUUCUUUGAGUAGGUUUUAUGAAAUUAGGUUUGGGACGAAAAUUUGAGGAUUUCAAUGAAAAAUGAGUUAGUUUUCAAAUGAAAUGGGCCAAAAAUCUGACAUUCCGAAUUUGAAAAAAUGUUGAAGCUGUAAUGAUAAUACUAUCUGAAAAUGUUUGCAGAUCAAACAUUCAAUUCGGCAAUGGAAGCCGGUCGACAAACGAUGCAAACAGCCGAUCAAUUUGAAGAUGUUCUACCAGCUGAUCAAUUUAUUGCUCAGAUUAGAUCGAGUUUGAAUUAUAUUACACAGAGACAGAAUAGGUGGGUGAAAAAGAGGAGGAUUUUUUCGCGCCGAAAGUUUUCAGAACUUAUAUUUUUCAGAUGCAACGAUCUAGCGAAUGUAAAACGUCUUAAACAACAACAAUUAAUCCAAUUGGGCACAAUUUAUAGUGAUUGUGAUCAGGCAAUAAAAUGGCUCAGCGAGCUAAAAGAAACCCUGAAUACCGAAUAUAAUUUGGCUGAAAUUGAUGAGAAAUCAGUGAGAAAUUUGAGAAAUGAUCGAAGAAAUUUGGAUCAAACAGCAAAAAGCACUUAUGAAUAUGGAAAACAAUUGUUGAAUAUGGCAAAAUCGACUGAAAGAACUGUUAUGUUGAAUAAAAAAGAUGGAAAUGAAGAAAAUGGUGGAAGAAAAAAAGAAUUGGAAAGAGUUUGGAAAGAAUUAGUUGAAAUGAUUGGAAAAAAUGAAGAGAGAUUGAGAGUUGUUGAAAGUUUUUUAGUGACUCAUAGAGAGGUAAGACUUGGAAUCAAAUAUGGUAAAGUACUUCUAGACACUGAACGAGAUUCAGAGAUGUUUAAGAUCGACUAUUUUCAGACUCGUUUUCUAAAGUUCAGCCAAAAAACAAUUUUCCAUGAAAUUUCUGAUUGUUUGAGUUCCCAACAACCAAAAAAUCGAAUAAUUAAAAAAAAACAAUUUUUGUUCGUAAAACGUUUCAAGAAUAUCAGAUUUAUGAAAAAAUGAAAAGUUAAAUGUUACAAUUGCUUUCACUAGACAACGUGAUUGAUGAUUAAAAAUGAAAGGGCCAAAUUUACAGAUGCUGGAUCGAGUGACAGAAGUUGACAGAUCUUUGCGAGAAAGAAUUCGAACAAAUGGAACCGGAAAAUUGAAUUCAAUAACAAUGUCAACGGAAAGAAGAAGAUUGCGAGAUAAUAUUGAAGAAUUGGCGAGUAUUGGAAAAAUGUUGUCGGAAGAAAUUGGAAAUGAUGAAACGUGCGUGGUUUUUGAAGGUUUUUGAUGGUUGGGGAAAAAGUGUUUCAUUCAAAAAAUAGUAUUUUUUAAACACGUGACAAUGUUUGUUUCCUAUUUUUUCUCAACAAAUUCAAACGAAAAAUAAUACUUUCAAGCCCCCUUAAAUUUGAUUGAUUUGCACAUUAUGAAAUUCCAUGGAAACCUUUUCUAAAAAAAAAAUUAUUUUUUUUAGAAUCCAAUCAACGGACCGUGAAACCAUAAUCCAUCAAUUAUCCGCCAAACUCGACGAAGUAAAAACGGCUCAAAAAAAGAUGGAAUCACUUUUUGGCUCGAAUCAGGAUGACGAUUCUGGUUCAUCAGGAAAAGAGUCUGGACCUCCUCCGAGUUCACCAGCUCGAAAGCCAAAAACAACGAGGCCAUUAUCUAAAGUAGCCGAAGAAGAAGCCGAAACAUCGCCGAUUUUACCACGAGCUGUUCGAUUGAUAGAAUCAACUGAUGGAACAGCGCCGGCUAUUCGAUUGUCCAAAAAUGAGAGUUAUCUAUGA